AAAGCUGACCAGGCUCUUCUGAUAGUGGGCGCGGGGAAGUGUAAAAGAAGAGUCAAAGACGACCCACACGUUUGGGCCCGAACAGCUGAGACCAUUUGCACUCACGGAGCUGGGAAGCUUGAAGGGAGAUCUAGACCAGGAGGGAGCGCCACGUACCCGACCUGACAGAGCAAAGUUUCGUUUUGUGUUGUUUUGUUUUCCUUGGAGGGAGGACGCGUUGUGCCGUGGACACUGACCGUGUUCAGGAUUCGACAGUACAACUCUUUCUGCCUUGGAAAGAGCCAAGGAAAAAGGCGUCUCCUGCUGGCCAAAUGAGCUAGGAGGACAGCCGAGGGGCCCUCAGGAGAGUCAUGGAACCCCAGAAGCUGGUGAAUGUAGGAUUUCUGCUGUGUUCCGUGAACUGCCUCUUGUUAGAGACUGUAGCUUCCCCCGCAUCACCUUUAUCUGCCUCUGAAACACAAGACGCAGCAGGAUGGAAACCACGGUCAAGGGGUGUGCUUGCCGUGAGGAUGAAUCUUCCCAUCACCUCCGGAAGACAUAAGAUUCAUGUCUCAGAAAACCACAGGUCCUGGCUGAGCAACUUCAGGAAUUACUUGCAGGAUCACAUCAAGAACUCCAUACCUUCAGCAGCCAUUUUUGCUUUUCUGAUCACCGCAACCAUGAUGGGGAUCCUCUGUUGCCUCACUAUUCUUGUAGGUGAACCAGUCCAAUGAAGCACUAGAAAAUUCAGUUGGACAACUGUGGUGUUUGGCUUGCUGGAUUCCGAGGGAGUGCAGAGUGUGCUAUUUGCUUACAGUAAGGAAGUACCUGUUGGUUAAAAUUAAAUUGUCUUCCAUGUUUAUCUUUGCCUUUAUUUUCUCCUUUAAAACAUGCGAUUGAAAAAUGGGAAUAGCCUUAUUGCUGUUUUGAUUAUAAAAGUAAUACAUAUUUUAUUACAAAAAAAUUUCCUAAAAUAAGAAGAAAAAGUACCCGUAAUACCAGUGACCCAGAAAUAAAUAUUGUUAACAUCUUGGCACAUCCCCUUUCAAACUUUUUUCUAUGCUUGU